AAAGUAUUCUCUGAUCAACCAUAAUUCUGUAUACCACAAUCAUGUCUACCGUCACAUCUGAGAGCUCUGUCGCUACCAUCCCGCAGGUCACGGGUAUGCGUAAGAAUGGCAAGCAAUGGCACGAAACCAAGAAGGCAUUCCGCCCUACCGCCGGACAGACAUCAUACGCAAAGCGUCAAGCCAAAGACCAGGCCCUCGCCGUUGUCAAGGCACAGGAGAAGGAGAUGAAGGAAGAGAAGGAGACAGAGCGCAAGAGACGUAUCACAGCACUCAAGGAGAAGCGCGAGGCAAAGGAGGAGAAGGAACGCUACGAGAAAAUGGCAGCCAAGAUGCACCAGAAGAGAGUCGACAGACUGAAGCGCAGAGAGAAGAGAAACAAGCUUCUCAAGUCAUAGAGGAGUAUGAAAGAAGUGGUGAAGAAGUGGUGAAGAGGGC